AUGGCUCGGAAUUAUCCCGAAUGCCAGUGGAUAUUUAAUUCCGAAUUUCUGACUCAAGAAGCUGACAGACUAAACGUCUCAGAGAGCGAAGUCGAGGGAGUUUAUCACGAAAAGUACGGACCAUGCGAAUAUAUUCCAUUUUCCUAUAAGACUGACGCCUAUAUAUACAGCAUCAUAGCAUGCUAUUGUAUCAUCAUACCUAUCGGGAUUCUGGGGAAUUUGACGGUGAUAUAUACCGUUUUAACGGUGGAUGAACUUAAAAACGUAGUCAAUCUGCUUUUGGUCGCUCUGGCAUGUAGUGAUUUGUUGAUGACAAUCGCAAUGCCAUUCACAUUCUUAUUCAACAUAUCGUAUUCAUAUUUAGCUUCAGAAGCAGCAUGUAAGGCGGUACCUGUGAUUCAAGGUACUGCUGUGAUGAGUGGCAUUUAUGCUCUGGUCCUAAUUUCGGUGGAAAGAUUUUACGCAAUUGUUCAUCCAUUUCAUGAUGCCAUUAUCAAGACUUCCUGCAGAGUUGCCCUGUCUGUAGCUUUAAUUUGGACUUUGUCUGCCUGCUUUCAAAUUCCACUGCCAAUCGUUUCUGAAGUCGACGAACUAUCUUACAUGAUCGGAUGGAACUCUACGCAAGAAGUCGACAACUGCACAGCAGAAGAAAUGAUUUGCUUCAGUAUAAAGCAACGUAUGUGUUAUGAAACAUGGGAUAUAUCUCAAGCACUCGUAUUUAGUUACUCAGUCCUUGUGGUGAUGUAUAUAAUUCCGUUGGCGCUAUUAACAUUUUUCUAUUCGCGAAUUGGUUAUGCUAUGUGGAAGCGCAAACCUGUGGGUGCUGAAGUCCGUUCCUACAAGCAACGACGGCGAUUAGUGGUUUUUCUGGUCGUUCUCGUUGUUGUCUUUGCCGUUACAUGGGGGCCGUAUUUCAUAUUACAAUGUUUUAUCGGCCAGCAGAUCAACCCUAUGCUGGCUGGCUAUUUGCAAGUGAUGGGGCAUUCAAAUGUUGCUCUCGAUCCAAUUUUGUAUGCCCUAUUUCACCAAAAUAUAAGAAAACACGUAAUUUUGAAAUUUAAAAAAUUAAAAACUUGUUGCAAAUCACGAAAAAAUACUGUAAGCGGUGCAGAACUGACACGAACAAAUUUUCCUCCCCGUACUGUGUGCAAUGUUUCCUCCCACAAAUCUGUAGAACCACCGUCAGCAAUUUCGGGGGACGAAGUUGGAGUUGUUGGCGAUAAACAUUCGUCGUUGGGUCGGGAUCGCAGUUCUUCAUCUUUUUCUUAUGAUGAUUUGAUAUUACGAAUAUCCGACAUACGACGUAGGAGUGAACCUUUGACGGAGAAAUCCGGGCCCAGUGAAUUCAUCAACAAUGCUUUCGCACUACCAACUGUGGAUCCCGUCGAUGAGAAUAAAUCUUUGAGAAGCGAGUCGUCCACCAAUUCAUUGCCUGAUGCAUCGAAUGCUAGUUUACCCAAUAGCACAGCUGAUACGUGAUAUUUUACUUUUUUCAAAUCACGUACCCUUGUCAAACGCGAAGUGGAUUCUAACUUAUAGAUAGAAUUAUUGAGUUGGUAAGUAUUGGACGGAAUAUUUCCCAUUUGAAACGUUUACCCAUAUACAAAACAUACUUAUGUUACUAAAUUUCCAAGAGAAACCCUCUUGUCAGAGCGACAAUCGGCUUUUUUCAGUCUGAGUAACUACUGCUAUGACUGAAUUUUACAUUGGUAACUCCAUCUUGUUGCUUUUAUUCAUUGUUCUUCACAUCUGUUUUUUCUAGUAUUAAUUUAUAUUACUCGAUAUUGUGAUUUUUUAAUUCAAAUUUAUUUUUUCAUAUUUUAUUUAUUGAAAAAAAUCAAGGCGAUGUUUGUUAAAAAUAGUCAACAAGAUGAAAGCCAAUUAUCUGACACACACAUAAAGCAUUUCACUCUACUAAAGAGAUAAGGAGCUCCUGUAUACAAAAUAUAUAGAAGAUCUAUGCUAUGUACUGGAAGAUAGUUUCAAAGUCAUCAAGAUAGAUGUAAUUAAUUUGUGAUAAAGUUAUGGGUGUCAUAUUUUGUAUGUAAUCGCUAACAAUUAUCUACCAGCUAAAUUAUAAUUACCGCCAUUCACUUUUGUUUGAAGAAGUAAUUUUUUUCAAUUUCCAACUGAAAAAAGAAAUUGAAAUAAUACGAU